UUGUGGCUUUGCAUGAGAUGGUGUGUUGUUCCGGGGUGGCAUAUAUGUCCGUUGUGACGGCUUCUUAGGUGGUUGCUGAUGUUAGAUAUCUUUAUGUAAGCGGUUGUGUGGUUGUGGUUUAAGCAAGAUGUGACAAAUAGUUUUCAAGAAAAGCCGCAAAGCAUCCUGCCAUGAGCCUCACCGAGAUGGCGUAUACAAAUGAAUUUCAUCACCAGAGAACUCAAGACAAUUCAUGUGUUGCUCGGACAAUCAGCUAUUUGAUUCACAUGAAGCUGUCAACUCUAGUAUUCAUCCUUAUCAUACUUCUGAUAUCCAUCCCACUGAUGAUGCAUUAUUAUGUGUCUCAGAUUCUUGCUCAUCAGGGUCAGGUGGCUCAGAAGUCCCACCCUUUGGUCACCAGUAUGAGCUUGCACAGUGAUAGCUCUUCAGCCCACAUGAAGAGUCGCAUAGAUGAGAUGAACCGCAUCAAAAACUCUGUCAGCAACGAACUGAUGCAGCUGGAGGCGAAACGGAACAAGCUGCACCAGUCGAUCGAGACAUACAGCAGCCGGAUAGACGAACUGAAGCAGAACCUGGCGCGUCUACAGCUCGAGUACGAGCGGCUCAAGUACAGUGUCGAGCAGGCGCGCGCGACGCAGCGCGAGGCGGCCGAGCGGGACACGCCGCUGCUGGCGAUGCCGCGGCCGCUGCAGCCGGAGCUGGGUCCCCGCGCGCCGCUGCCGCCGCCGGCGGCCGCCGACGCCCGCCACUGCUCGCUGGCCGACUGCUGGGACUACUCGCGCUGUCCACUCACUGGCGGCUUCACCUUCUUCCUGUACCGGCUGGAGGCGUCGGGCGACGCAGACGCCAGCCGGCUGCACGAAGCGCUACGCAGCAACGCGCAGUGGCGGCCGGAGGCCGCGCGCGUCUGUGCGUUCGUGCUGGUGCUGGGUGGUGCGACGACGCCGGCCGAGCUGCGCCGCCAAGGCGAGCUGGCCGACGCGCUGCGCGCCGGCGCCGUACCCGUGCUGCUGGGCGAGUGGCCGCUGCCGCUGGACGGACCGCUCGACUGGCGGCGCGCCGUACUGCGCGUGGCCGAGCCGCGUCUGCCCGAGCUGCACUACCUGCUGCGCACGCUCACCGACGCCGACAUCCUCAGCUACCGGCGCAACGGCAGGGAGUUCUGGGAGCAUUACCUGAGCUCGGCCAAGGCGGUGGCGGACGCGGUGCUGACGCAGUUCGCUGAGAGGCUGGAGCUGCCGCCGCCGCCCGCCCUCGGCGUCAAGGCUGGAAGCGCCUUCAACGACACGUUCCAGCGGUUGACCGUGGACGUUCAGCUCAGCAGCCUGGACCUGGACGAGUACCUGGGGCCGAUCGAGUCGCCGCUGGCCUCGGACCGCUUCCAGCGCAACUUCACCACACCGCGGCUGGACACGUACGCGCGCUGGAACCUGUUCCUGGCGCCGCACCGACUGUACCCGGCCGUGCCGUACGGUGACGUGCUGCCGGCCGAGGCCAAAUUUGUAGGCCCGCGGCUCGGCUUCCGGCCGGUGGCGUCCGGCGAGGGUGGCAGCGGCAAGGAGUUCAGCGAGGCGCUCGGAGGCAACUCGCCGCACGAGCAGUUCACCGUUGUCAUGCUCACCUACCGACGAGAGCAGGUGCUGAUGAGCGCUCUGGGCCACCUGUACGGCCUGCCUUACCUCAACAAGGUGGUGGUGGUGUGGAACGCCCCCGAGUCGCCGUCCGACACGCUCCAGUGGCCCAGCGUCGGCGUGCCCGUGGAGGUGGUCACGGUUGGCAAGAACAGCCUAAACAACCGGUUCCUCCCAUUCGAAAACAUCGAGACGGAUGCCAUUUUAUCAAUCGACGACGACGCACACCUGCGUCACGACGAGAUUGUGUUCGGAUUCCGGGUGUGGCGCGAGCAGCGGGACCGACUGGUCGGCUUCCCGGGGCGCUACAACGCCUGGGACACCAAGCACGGCGGCUGGCACUACAACUCCAACUACUCGUGCGAGCCCUCCAUGGUGCUGACAGGUGCGGCGUUUUUCCACAAGUACUACGCACACAUGUACUCUGAGUGGAUGCCCCAAGUGAUCCGGGACAAGGUGGACGAGUACAUGAACUGCGAGGAUAUCGCCAUGAACUUCCUCAUCUCGCACUUGACCCGGCAGCCGCCCGUCAAGGUGACCUCCCGCUGGACGUUCCGCUGUCCCGGCUGUCCAAUGACGCUCUCCGAGGACGAGGAGCACUUCACCGAGCGCCACAAGUGUAUCAACUUCUUCUCGCGCGUGUACGGCCACAUGCCGCUGCUGAACACGCAGUUCCGCGUCGACUCGGUGCUCUUCAAGACGAGACUGCCGCCGGACAAGCAGAAGUGCUUCCGGUUCAUCUAGCGACCCCGGUCGCGGAGUGCGGCCGGCAGUGGCCGUGCUCGGCGCGCGCCGCGGCGGCACU